CAGAAACUCUCUCACAGUGACUACAACGAGGAGAAAUGUCUCAGAAAGGAGCUCAGCUGGACCUGGACUCCAUUUCCUGUUCGAUAUGUCUGGAUGUGAUGAAGGAUCCGGUCACUAUUCCCUGUGGACACAGCUACUGCAUGGGCUGUAUUAAAAACUACUGGGAUGGAGAGAAACAGAAUGAAAAGGAGAGCUGUCCUCAGUGUAGGAAGGCCUUCACACCCAGACCUGACCUGGUUAAAAACACCAUGUUAGCAUUCCUGGUGGAGCAGCUGAAGAAGACUGGACUCCUGGAUGUUGAGAGGACUGAAACACAGAAAGAGCUGGGGGUGAGUCGACAGAACAUUCAGAAGAGGAUCCAGGACAGAGAGACAUAUGUGAAGCUGCUUAAAGAGGAAGAGAAGGCUAUCAACAGGUUUGCUAAUAAAGCAAUGAAGGACAGUCAGGGAAAAUUCGCAGUGUGGAACAUUAUCAUGAUGAAAAUAUGCUCUGAUGUGAAGCAGAAGAUCAUAUCCCAGCGGGAAAUUGAACGAAAUCGGGUCAGAAAUCUUCAGAAGAAGCUGGAGAAGGAGAUCUCUGAGCUGAAGAGCAGAGAAGCUGAGCUGAAAAAACUCACAGGGAGAGGAUCUCAACCAGCUUCAACAAAUCUACAACUCCCUGCCACCUCUCAGUGAAUCUACAGACACAU